AUGCAUCCGUUGUCGCGACUGAUGCUGACGACGGCGUCUAUCAGCCACGUCUGUCGCCGGUGGCGCGCCAUCGCUGAAUACGACAAGCAGCUUUGGGCGCCCGUCUGCAUUAAGCUCGACUACUACGACAUCAUGGCGCUGUCAGAACCACUCACGUCCAAGCGGUUGUUGCCCUUCAAGAAUGCGGUGAGAGCGUACCUCGCCAAGUCGGACCCUUUGCCCUUUGCAAUCGAUCUGCAGGGCCCCUGCCUUGCCCUCGACUCUCACGGUCAAAGAAAGCUCUGCAUCCUCCCGGAAGGGGACUUCUUCGACCAUCUCGCGCGCCGCUGCCACCGUGCUCGCCUCUGCACCACCUCCAUCAACCACCUCAAUCAUCUCUUCCGCGUUGCCAGGCGGGGUUUGUCUGCACGCGUCGAGAUGGAGAGCCUCGAAAGCCUCGAGCUCGUAGAGAACCGCAAACAUCCGAACGAGAUGUACCUGCACAAGGCGGACUUCUUCACCAGGGAGGCGCCGCGUCUGCGCUCGUGGAAGCAGCAUGUCAUUGAUCUGACAAGCGCUGGACAUCGCGGGGCAAUUGUGCACGCGCCAGGGCGCACUCUGGAGUGCCUCGAGGCGUCGUGGACGGAGUGGCGCCUGGCAGGUGUUGCGCUUCCGAGAUGGGUCAAUCUCAAGGGCCUUGUCAUUGCGAUAUGCCAGCCAUACGACCCAUGGUGGGACUUCAAUCUCAAGCGCAUGACGUUGUUGCAGCUGGAAUCCUUGACCGUCGCUGCGACCCUCGCACAUGGCGCCUCUGGAGACACUGGCGUCGCAAGACCGGCUGGCUCUCGAGGCCGAGUCAGCAAGGCGACUGCGCGAAAGCGGACGGGGGGCCAGGCUGAAUCGGAAGCCAUCGCCCAUAAUAAAAACGACGCUGGUCGCAAGUCUACCGAGCGUAACACAUCGAGUGACCUGAAAGGCAAGCGCGCUCGGGCCAACCGAAAAGACAAGCACCUCGAACCAUCCCGGAGAUCAGCUAGGAUUUUCGCUCGCACAAACGGUCCUAUACACCGCCUGCCCGCCGAGCUCCUCUCCGAGAUCUUCUUCCACCUCCGCGAGCUGCUCAUCCCCGACUACAGAUAUCCCAAUCCCACACCGGCGCUGGAUAGCACCAUCACGCGCGUCUGCAGGUCCUGGCGGAACGUUGCGCAUGGGACGCCACUACUGUGGCAGUACAUCGCUCCUAAAAGCAGGGAGCCCACCGAAUACCUGCGCCGGUACCUGCCUCUCACGGGAACGUGUCCACUACACGUCGACUUGUGCCGCACCAUGUCUAGCAGGGACCUGUCCGGGAUAGAGCAGCUUCGGGAUCAUUCUCAUCGCAUGCGUUCCUUGGAGGUGACGGCCUCGUUCGAGGAGUUCAGCGCUAUGCAGCCCUUCGCCUCGCCAAAUCUCCAGAGCGCGUUCAUCAUGACGCUUUCAGAGAUGCCGCUCGGCACGGUCACACCCUUGGCGUUCCUCGACGACGUCUCUCGGUUAUCCGACCUAUGCCUGAACUUCCAAUUCGUCAAAGUGCAGGCAAUCUCGGUGCCGCCGUUGGAAUCCCUCACGGAGCUCACCCUGUACCUGUGCUUCGGCGUCUCGAACGUCCGCGGCGUAUUGCAGCGGUGCUGCAGGACGCUCAGGAAGCUCAAAGUCAGCGUUGGCGUAUGCGACACGCGGCCGGCACCAGCCGAGGCUCUGGACCUUCCCUGCCUCGUGAGCCUUGACCUCGAUUGCAAUGACGGUCCGGUCCUUCAGAUGAUCUCGGCACCUAACCUCGAGAAAAUGAAGCUCUACGGACCCGCGGGGGACAUCCCCGCUCUGCUUCUGGCCUACCUCACCCGCGUACCUGCCUCUGCCGCGAAUCUCCGCCUGCUCCACAUCGACACCGUGCAUACGGAGGAUUGGGACGAGGCCACGGUACCAGGGAUCCUCCUCGAGUGCUUCGCCAAGAUGGAAGGGCUCCAGGUCAUUGGCUUCAACGUGUUCCCGGAGGAGAUGGAGAUGGAGAUUUUCGGCCCUCUGACCAGAAAUUCGGAGGAAGGCGCUCUACCACUGCUGCCGAACCUGAAGGUCGCCAUGUUCGGUAGCCGAAGUUUUAGCUGGAACAUGGUAUACACCGAGGCGUACACAGCGUUUGUGGAAUCACGGAAGAGCGCUCAGCUUAUAGGCGGGGCCGUGGUUCCGGCGGCGCAGAUCUCGCGGGAGCACCGGGAUAUUUGGGAGAUUGACAUCGGUCAGAUUCAAAUCCAUUAG